AUGAGCGAAGUGCGGCGGUCUAGGAGAAUACGGGAAAAGUCCAGUCGCGAGGAUGACCACGAAGAAGGGCCUCUCGAGGCGGAUCACAGCACGGCAGUAGUGCAGGCGGACGAGCAAACAUAUGUGGAGGGAGAUGAAGCGUCCGAAGAGGAGAGUUCGGGCGAGGAGGACGGUCACAGCGACGAGGACUAUGAAGAGGCGCGCGCGAAGAAGCGGAGGCCGCGGUCGGGCGGGGGGAGCCGGCCGGGCUCCGGCGGCGCGAAACGGGCGCGCACGGGCACAGGCGGGACACGCUCCCGGAUGGCCGGUGUUGGUGCGGGCACCAAGAAGGAGCAGGACGAAUACCUGGCGCUACAGGAGGACUUCGAGCCAUGCAGGCUGUUCCGCAUUUUCAGCACGGCGGAGGACGUGUCGGUGGAGGACAUUGCGAGCGACUGGCUGGAGGAGUACAACGCGAGCCGGACGGGUGCCCUGAAGGAGUUCAUCAACUUCCUGCUGAAUUGCUGCGGGUCGCUGGUGCAGGUGGCGGAGCACGACGUGCUGAACAACGACUCCUCCAACGAGACCGUCGACGAGGUGCAAAUGCUGUUCCAGGACCAGAAGAUCCACGAGUUCCACCUGUAUAUUUCGAAAACGCAGAAGAAGCGGAGCAAGUACAAGCCUCUGUACGACAAUUUUGCGGAGUUCAUGACGAAGCUGAUUGAGCUGGCGAGCGAUAAGGACAUGAUAUACAUAGAGAAGACGGACGAGGGUGACGGCGAGCCCCAGACGGUUAUUGAGACCGGGCCGCUAAUGCUGGACCUGUUUACAUGGCUGUCCUCAUUUUCGGUCUGUAAAAUUAGAUGUCUGAGGUAUGUGGCCACAUUGGCGAUGUACUUGUUCCAGGACCAGUUGACGCACCUUGUCGUCGAGAUGGACACACAAUCCCUGCUGAAGCUGCGCAAGCAACUUGCGAUGGAGCAAAAGAAGAAAAGACCGAGCGUUAAAGCUGUGCAUAAAUUGGAGUCUACGAUUGCAGACAUACAGGGGACAAGGACAGUGCUCGAGAGCAAUAUCGAAAACAUAAUAAAAUUGUGCUUCGUCCAUCGGUUCAAAGAUGUUGACGAAACAAUUAGGUCAGAGUCGGUACUGCAUUUGGCGAAAUGGCUCGAGAAUUAUCCCGAGCACUUUUUCAAAGCGACCUAUUUAAAGUAUUUUGGCUGGCUGCUCUCCGACACGUCUUCAGUCGUGAGGCUCCAGGUACUAAAGACAUUAUCGGAUCUGGUGAAGUUCAUCAAUAAGCAGUUCCGCAAUAUGACGGAUGAUUCGUCUUUGAGACAAUUUUUUGAGCGUUUCAAGCAUCGCGUCUUAGAACUUGCGCUCAAAGACAUAGAUCUGCAAGUGCGUCUUGCUGCUGUCCAGGUGUUGGUUGAAAUCAACAAGUUUCGAUACCUCGAGGAUUCUGAGAUCCUAAGCAUAACCAGUUUGAUAUUUUCCGAGCAUGAAGUAAAAGUGUCUUCCAGCGCCAAGAACGCCAAGUUCUUGAGUGCUGUCUCCAAGUUCUUUUCACAUGUUGAGAGAGCACAAGUGCCCGAGUUCAUGGAAGGUAAAGACCCAAAGAAAAAGAUUGGUGAUGUAAAACUUGGGACAGUCGCUGAAGUGGGCAUCCUCAUGCGAUUUCUGAUAAAGUCGUUGUCGCUUUACCUAAAUGAGCAAGAUCCCCUUGAACAAACGACUGAGAGGAAGGUGCAUCUUCUGUUCCAGGCAGCUGAAUUUCUGCAACCGUACUUUGGUCACCUAAUCAAACCUAUCUGCCAACUGUUGACGUUCCAGGGAGAAUUUGGUGAUAUUUCUGAACUCCAGUCAACCGAGGAAGAUUCUGACGCAGAAGAACAGGGCGAAUAUUCGAUGGAACUAAAUAAACUACUUUUGCCAGAAAACGAAAACACGGUGAUUCAAUAUAUUACUGUACUCAGUGGACUGUGCCACGGCGCAGUCGCCAUAAAACAGCAUAAUAGUAAAGCGGAGACUGCGGAAACGGCGAUGGGAUACCUUCUUGAAUUAUUUGGUCAUCUGAACCUCGACUCGCCGGUUAUUUUCGAUCAACUUCUCAAGAUAUUCCAGCUAUUCAGGUACGAAGAUUGGAUUACUUACGGUCGAGAAGGCGCCUUCCAACAGCUAUUUGAGAUUGUUGUCAAGAAGUUCAAAGAUAUGGCUAUAUAUACGGAUCCAGAUGACAUUAGACGCCAGGCUUUCACAGACAUACUGCAAUACACGCAGACGCUUUCUUCCAAAAAGAUCGAGGAGCUCUGGAAAAACCAGCUAGCUGAGAUAAAGAUCGCUCUAAACAAGUACCUCCACGAGAUGGAUCUCAGUGAUCCCAACAAGGCAGAUCAACAACUCCAAACUCUUCAGUUGAUGUACCUCAACAAACUGGUACUAUUCGGAAAGUAUUACCGCGUGGAUUUCGAUACUGAGCUUCUUGAGAUGCUUUUUACCAAGUACAUGAACCCGCUCGCGCUGCUAUCAUCAGAACUGAGCGAUACCACGCUGGGCAUUGUUGACUUCAAGAUACUGACACAAGUUACCACAUGGAAUCUGCAAACCUGGUACCAAAUCUUUGAAGAUACCAAUACACCGACACCCAUUUCAAAACCUAUGCUUGAGCUUAACAAAUUCAUUAUCGACCAGCUAUCCAUUACCCUAAUCACGUUACAGCGAGAGCACUCUGGCGAACUUUCACGUAAGCUAGCUAUAGAACACCCGGUGUGCGUGACUCUGUUAGAUACGGUGACUGCCAUAAAACUAUUUGCACUGAAUCUGCCGGAUAAAGAAGCUGAGUGGAGACAUGCGCUCACGCGGGACUAUCCUAUUUACAUUGACUGUCCUGAAGCAAUCAUGGAGGUAUUGCUCUAUCUAGAGGCACUGUACGCGAACUCAAUCGGUGUUAACCUCGAAAGAGGUGACGAGGAAGCCGUAGACUUUAAUGAUCUGGCCCCCCGCGAGGACAAAGCUGACCCCAUUAAGCUCGAAAAGGAACUCUGCGUCUUUGCGCUAAAGUUGAGAAGCCUCUUCAAGUUGGGGCUUCUCAAUCAUCCACAUAUCGAGGAGCGUCUUGGCCUCAAUAGGGAGGCCCUGGGCUCGCUUUUCCAAAGCAUCGUUGAUGAUUCUAUUUUCAGCGAACCUGAGGAGCAGAGAGUUCGGAAGAGCAGUCCGCCAGCGUCCAGUUCUACCGCUCCGCGCACCGAUCGCCCGCAUACACAAGAAGAGCUGGAGCCAAUCGAGGAGUUUUCUUUGGAAGAAACCACAAGAAGGCCGCUACCGCUCCAGGAAGACCCGAUUGAAGAGGAAGAUGAAGAUCUGGGAGAAGAUGAUAAUCAAUAG